AACAGACGGCAAGUAUGGAGGAUCUGAGGAGCUAAAGCUUUUACUAUCAAUCCACUCGCCUGGCACAGAGCUCAAAAUAUAAAAGAUGAUGCGCAGAUCAAGAAUCAGCGUCCGGCCCAAUGUGAAGCCGCCAGACCGAGCUCUGACGGGCUCUCACGAUGCGUCUCUGGAUAAAACUCAGCCAAACCAGACCCCCACUGACUCCGGCCCAUCUCAGGUAUCAGAGGUCACAGCUGAGCAAGUUAACACUGGUCCCCCUGCGACAGAAUCUGUGAAGACCAGCGAAAAAGCAGCUCUGAGCAGCAACCAUGGUAAUGAGGUGGAGGCCACUAGCCAUGAAGAAGAUGCAGCAUCUAAAAGUACUGAUUCCCAAGCAGCAACAAGCACCUCUUUGACAUCCGGCCCACAAAGGAGGAAACGAUUUACAGCUCUACCCAACCUGGCCAAACCCCGAGCCUCCCCAGUCUCCUCCAGGACUCCAAAAUCUCCGUCCAAGUCCCCUGUCAAACCAGUAACACCCAGUGAGUCUGAAAAACCAGCCGCCGUUGUAGAAUCUGCUCCUGGUGCGCCUCUAGUCAAGGAGCCUGUCGCCAACCCCAAGGUUCCUGAAAGACAGAGACCUUCCGGAGGGGGCAGGCGGCCCAAAGCUCAGCCCACACCUACAGUCCCACCUCAGAUUGUCCUAGAGAAGGGCUCACAAGGAGGCGGAUCAUCAGAUCACCAGCAACCUCUUGAAACAUCCCAACCUGAUCCUGUUAUACUUCAUGAAACCCCUCCCGAGUGUCCGUUCCCUCCUGCUUUGGAUGUCAUAGUCAUUGAACCGGAGCACAAUUCUGGGCUUGAUCUAGAGAAAGACCAGUCUGAUCCUUUAAGAAAAAAACUUAAAUCAUGUUCUAAGGUCAUCAAAACUCUUAAUGACCCUGCAGACAUGAUCAGAUUGGCCAAGGCUCGGAAACUUAGAGAGCUUCUUAAAAUGGAAAUGAGCAAAAGCAAGGAAGAUAAGAAGAAACCCAAAUUGGGAAUCAAAGAACGGAAGGUACCAAAAGAUCACACCAAAAUGACCAUGAGAGAACUGAUCUAUUACCUACCUGCCUCCAACCCAAUGAAGUCUUUUACAGAAGAGGAGGAGAAAGCAUCUGAGAUAGUGUUACCUAACUCCCCUAAACCAGCUUCUACGAAGCCUUCAACUGGUCCAUCAGUUCAGGAGAAUGAAGGUGAAGAUCGUCUUCGUGAGGAUGAAGAAGAAGCAGAAGCAGAAAUGGCAGAGGAAACUCAUGCGGAAGAUCCUCUGCUGGUGCCCAGGGUGAAAGUGGCCGAGGAUGGAUCUCUGAUUAUAGAUGAGGAGAGUUUAACAGUCCAGGUGUCCAGAAUGAACGGACCCAAUCCAGCAGAGGACAGAGAUCCCAUAUUCGAACGUGGCUCUACCACCACCUACUCCAGCUUUAAGAAAGGCACCUACACCAAACCCUGGUCCAACGGAGAGACUGAUAUGUUUUACUUGGCCAUCAGCAUGGUGGGGACGGACUUCUCCAUGAUUGGUCAACUGUUUCCCCAUCGAGGUCGUGUCGAGAUUAAGAACAAGUUUAAGAAAGAGGAGAGAAUGAACUCAUGGAGGAUAGACAAAGCUUUCAAGGAGAAGAGGUGUUUGGAUCUAGAUUUCUUUAAGACAUUAAUGGAGCAGAUUCUAAAAGAUGAGCAGACGAAGAAGGACAAGAACAAAGAGCUUGUCAAGUUGGCUAAGGCGCAAAGGACAUUCAGAAAACCAAGAGUGGUUAAAAGAAAGGAAACAAAGUCUUCAGAAAGUUCAGACAACGAUGAGGUGGUGCAUGAAAAGGAAAACGAAGACCUCUGGAAUGAAGGAGGGAGUGAUGCUGCUUCAAAGAAACACAGAGCUGAUCAUCAAAACUGUGAAAAUGAAGUCUCUGAGGGGCUGCCAUCAGAUGAGAGCAGGUUAAAGGAAUCUGAGAAUGUGAGCAAGAGUCCGGUCAUUAAACCGGCCCAGCUCAAGGGUCGACCCCAAAAACCGACCCCGACCCUCAGCAACAGGUGUGGAAAUAGACGUCCAGGUGGAGAAGAAACUAAAAAGACCUCCAAGGUGACCCCAGUUUUAGUCCAAGAGAGAGAAAAGAAACAGUCCUCUAUUCUCCAAGAAUUGGAAGAUUUGGAGGAAGAACCCGACCUCACUGCUGUACAGGAACAAAUUUUCAAUAAACCAACCAGGUCAGGACGGAUCCCUAAACUUUCUCAGCAUGUGAUGCAGGCAGCAGCGGAGGAUGAGGAAGUGCUCUCUGAUCCUCAGCUGUCUUUCAAAGAUCAAGGCUUUCAAGCGCCCGGCCGUAGAGCCAAAGUAAAGCCAGGCCCAAGUCUGAAACAAGGCAUGACUAGGAGGGGGAAAUCGAGACUGGUGACCUUACGGGCAUCUGGGACGGAAGAUGAUGAUGAUGAAGAGGACGUAGAAGACUGUGGCUUGAGCCAGGAGGACCUUUUUUCAAAUGCAGAAGAGGAAAACCAGGUGUUUGUGCCUAUGAGUCUUCGCUCACUACCGCCAGAUAAUUCAGAGGUGUUGGAAACUGUGGAGGAGCUGGACAUCUCUUUGAAUGUUCCCGAUAUCCUGGGCACAUCCCAGAAUGCUUUGUGCCCCGAGUUGUCAUGCGAGCAGGCUGAAAUGCCUGCUGGUUCUGUCCUUUGUGAACACCAGUUGGACCUACUUGUUGAUGUCAUUGAGUUUCUUGACCCAGAUCACAUGGAAGUGUGUAAGGAGAUCAACAAUGAAGCCGCCCAGACACUUCUGACCAUUGGGUGCUCAGCUCAGAUGAUCCAGACAACUGAAAUGUCCUGCACAGGUGAAGAUUAUAUUGGUGAGCAGCCAUUAAAUGAUGUGCAUGAAGAGGUUGUCCAAGAAGUCGUCUUCACAGAAACAGUAGAACUUCAGGCUGAUACUGCAGUAGUGUUGGCUGGUCCUUCUGUAAGAUUAGAGUCUGAGACAAAAGCUGGUCUUAACCUCUCAAGUAUUGGGAGUAAUAUUCCAGAACCAGCCUCUGAAGAAACCUACAUCACGACAGAGCAACCAAUCAGAAUACAGAUAACUAAUGAUGUACCAUCUCAAGACGAGAUGCAGAACUUGAGUUCUUCCACCAGCGCUCCACCCUCUAGAAGGGGCCGUUUAUCUAAACCCAAGCCCAAUGUUGGCCAAGGUUUGAAAACCAGACGAGUUCAGCAAGCCCAUCAAGAACCUGAUUCUGUGCCGAGCUCCAGUGGUCCAAAUUCUACAGAACUGAAUAAAAAUACGACAGAACCAAUGCGAGAAGAUUCAGGUCCGGCGGAUUACAUGCCACAAGAUUCCUCUACCAUUCUCGCUGUGGUCAUGCAGCCGGAUACAGCAUCUGAACAAAAAGAUGACAUACCUGAGAAAGAUAGUGGAUCUAUCCCACUCAAGAGAAAGAGUGAUGAUGUAAUCACAGAGGAAAGUGCGAAAAAAGAUAGACGAGAGGUGAAUGAGGCGAAGCCAGAGACGGAGCAAAUGAAAAGUGUGUCUCAGGAGAGAUCUGAUGAGACCAGUAGACUUGUCAGGAGGUAUCGUGGACCCAAACCUAAAGCCAAACUCACUCGGACAUCUACAGCCACACAUGUCCAGACCCGGCAUAACACAACAUCAACCACAACAGUACCAAAAGAAAGGUCACCUGUUGCCGAGUUCUCCACAAGCACUUUCACUCCCAUUGAAAGCCCUGAAGAGGGCGCUGUAGUUACCACAGAAGCUCAGCAUGAGAAAGUUGCAUUCGACAUGGCAGUCAAAGAAGUCACGCCACAAGUUGUUUCGGGAGAUGAGUUGAAACAGAAAACUGUAUCUGUGUUGGAAAACACCAGAAGCACUUCUGACGGAAACAACGUUGGGGAACUUCCUGUAUGUUUGUUACAGGACACAUCUGCGGACCCCACCCAUGAUGAACCAGUGUUCAUACUCUCUCUUACUGAAAUCCCACCCACUUUUGAUGAGGGGAUGGACUUUGAGACGGAGACCCUCCCAUCUACGACAAUGACUGAAUUGCAUUCUCAAAGUCAAAGUUUUAAUGAGAGCAGAGAGACGAGUCAUCUUCUGAUCACAGAUGCUUUAGUUCCUGUAGCAGAGGAAGAGGAAAAGGGGGAUGGAGACAAAAUGAGCAAAGGAGAUUUGGACCACACGGCACCAGCCUCAAGAUCUCAGCGGGUUGACAAAACAGAGAGUCAGACAGAACAUCCCGUAUUCGAAAAGACAGAGUGUACUGAGGAGGCGAAGGAGCAUGUGGAGAAGAAAAAAGAACUUCCUGAGAGAGCCAGGAGAGCAAAACUGCAGGUUAAACCCAACACCCUGGCCGGAAGAAGCACUCGAGGGGCUAAAGAGGAGACACCAGCGCUUUCUUCAGAAGAGACUACCUCAGUACCAAUUUCAACACUAUAUAGCCAAGAGAGUAUAUCAGUGCAAGAACAAAAUGUGAGAGCCAGCAAUUCAACAACAGUAAACUCAGACAACUUAACAUCAGCCGCCACUUCAGAUGGAGAAACAACCCAUUCUCCUAUUCCAGCACUUCUCGAGGAUUCACGUCACCUUGCCAAUCAAGAUAAUACAUCCGAAGAGUUAGCCCAGGGACAGGUGGACCUUGCUGGCAAAGAUGCAGUUGAAUUAAGUGUGACAGAGGCUAGUGGGUCACGAUCGCACAAUGUCAGUCAAAUCGCAUCUGUUACCACAAGUGGGCCACUUACAAGACCUGGUAGAAGACCAAAGGGUUUCCUGUCCUUCAUUUCCUCUAAGAGCACACAAGGGCCCUCAGGUACUAAUCGAGGGGCCAGGCCAGGACCCCAGAAACCAGCGGUCAACACCUCACGCCCAGACAGAAAAUGGGUAGCGGCUAUCCCUGUUACUUCGACAAAAAAUCCUGAAGCAAAGCAACCCUCAACCUCUAAUUCCAAGACUGAGCAGAAUUCGGAAGAAGAGCCCACAAGUGUUUCUAAGUAUUUUUUCAGUGAUAUCUUCACUGAAGUGGAUGAGCUUGAAGACAUGGAUUGAGACGAGCCAAUGGCCUGAAAAGGGACCUGGAACCACCUAACCAAUCAAAAAUCAACUGGACAUGGACAUUUGUGAAUAUAAGAAUUCUUUACCAAUAACUAUUUGAGGUGAAGGAGACAGUCAAAACGUAUACCUCAUAUUAAGGAUUGGACUUGUGCUCAGUCAAAACAUUCUGUCUAUGGAUUUCAUUAAGUGACAUUUUCUAUUAGAUUUUUAAGGAUAUUUUAUGUAUUUUAAAAGUAUUAAAUCCCUGUAAAAAGUCCUUGGUUACUAUGUUACAAUUUCACCGCACUUGAUGUAAAGUUAAUUAAAUUAAAUUAAAGGCAAUAAGAUUCAUGUCUGAUCUCAGCCUGACUGAACUGUUUUAUUUUAGUUAAGAAGCUGUAGCAAAUUUAUUUUCUCCCAUUUUCUAAACAUUAACAUUCACACAUUUUCCUUUCUAAAUAUUUUUUCAUGCCUAAAAAUGUACAAAGCCAUUUUAAGCAAACCCCCAUAUAAUAUUUCUCUUGUUGUCUUUGCAUUGAAUUUUAGCUCUUUAAGCAUUUUGAUAUCUGCUUUUAGUCACCAAACCUACACUUUGAUUCAGUGUUGUUGUCUUUUCAUAAUUGUGCUUUGCUUUCAUGUUUGUAUGCAGAAGAUAUAACAAGCAGUUUCACUUGUAUUUGUAAAUAUGUUAAUAAAAUGUUAUAGUAUGU